UCAUAACCUUGAGCAAGCAGCCUCGAACCACAUCGUCUUCCCUUGUUCAGGAUUAAUUCGUCUGUAUUCUGUCAAGUCUUCAGAAAGUUGUUGAAAGUCUUCGAGACUUCUUUUGUGAACAACACUUAUUGUCUCAUUGAAAUCUUCUGCCGAGAGGGGCAAUUUGGACUGAAAGAUCAACGUCAUGUCUUCACCAUCGACAGAGUCGCACCGUCUUGUUCGACGGGAUUCCUCACCCAGGGCUGCGAGGAGUAGCAGCAGGCGGCGCCCACGCUUGCUUAGAGCCUGCGCCACGGAGCCAUCCAUUACGACUUCGAGUGCCUGCAAAGGUGUAUUGACAAGUCCAAACUCGAGUAGGAGGGCGACGGAACUCUUGAGCCGGGUUGCAGUCAACAACGCUGCGGUGCUGAGCUCAUCACCCAACUCGACGAGGAGUUUCGGAGCAGUCGACUAUGAAGGUUCCGGAUUGACCGAGGCCGAGAAGAGGGAGCUGUUAAGGAGUGAUAGCAACCCAUACUCGGUGGGCUACUUCAGCUUUCCAAGUUUUGACACUUGGGAUAUUGAACAACAACAAGAAGGGAAAGAUGUGCCACCUUGAAAGGCCGCGGAAGGCAGCCCUCAUCAAUUCUACACGACCACCGGCGCGCGCCAAUUGCAGCCUUCCUGCUAAGGAUAGGUUGUUGCGCAUAG